UGAGCUACGGAAUCAACAAGGAUCUGACUGACACAAAACACUUUGCGCAAACAAGAACAGACUGUUGCGCAACUGACGGUAAGCUAAUUUAGGAUCCUUACCUGGCACCGGGCUCAUGGCGAUUGGGUGCGUGUUAAUUCUUUGAAGAAUGUGCUUUGGCCGAAUUGCAAAGCGCAACUCGGAUCACCUUUGGAUGGACAGCGCCUGACCUCUUCACCGAAUCGGUGUCGAAACCUUUUCUCAUGGAAUCGAAGCAGAGCCAAAAGGACAGAGAAACACACACGUUCAAAGCGGGGAAGGCGGGCAAGGCUGUCGCAGUAUCGUAUUCGGGAGAACAGAAGAAAGACCUCUUUCGGGCUCGGACCAACAAACUAUGCCAGAUCACAACCAUGGAGAAGCAAAUUGAACAGUUAAUGGAGGACGACGCAAAUGUCGAUGCGGUGAAAACCAAAUCGCGGAUCGAUUUUGUCGCUUUGAAGCAAGACUUUCGCGACUUGAAUAACGGUUUGCAGCAGUUUAUGACCAAGGAGGAAUUCAGGAACAACCAAAUUCGUUGGUUUUAUCCGAAAAAUAAAGUCAUGAACAACUUCUUCUGGAAAUGUGAAGAAUGGAUGAAAGAGGUCAGGAAACGCUCGGAGAAGGCAGACAAUUGCGACAGAGAAGACAUCAAGUCCGCAUCAUCCAGAUCAAGCGGCAAGUGUCCGAGCGCUACCGGCUCGCAAGGCGGAAGCGCGCCGUGGAAGUCGUCAACGUCGUCAAUCCGACUCAAGGCCGAACUGGAGCGGGCGUCAUUACAGGCAAAAUCGGCGGCUUUGAAUGAGAAACUGGCAAUCGAAAGAGAGGAGGCCGAAUUUGAAGCGGAGCGCAAAAGGAUUGAAGCCACAAUAAAGGCGAGGAAAGAAAAGCAUGCCAUGGAGACGGCCAUCGCCGAAUGGAAGGCCAAGAUUGAAGUUUUGCAAAAAUACGAUCACGCUCAGGAGUUUGAGGAGCACGAGAAGAAAAAUUGCAGGGAAGAACAGACACCGUACAGAAGCAGCGUGCACGCGAGCCGGUGCACCAUCUGCCUGAGCCAUGAGCGCUCUUGCGUCUUUCUGGAAUGCGGUCAUGUGUGCACCUGCACGUUGUGCUACGAGGCGCUCUCAGACCCCAAGAAGUGCCCCAUCUGCAGGGCCACCAUAGACAGGAUGGUGCUGAUCUACAACAUUUAAUGUGUCGUCCUAUUAUGCUUUCGGCCCCUAGGGGGCAUACUUGCACGCAGCCCGGAAAUGGUUUUAUCUCUCGGACUCAGAGCGAAUGGGAGGCGGUCUUUGAGAAGACGGAAUGAUGAAAUGCAAUUUAUUGAGCUUUGCAUGAU